AUGCCCGUACUCGAAUCCGCGGUGGAGUCGGAGGUUUCGUUUGCGUUGCCCAGGGUGGUUGAAACCCGUGACGAACAAGCAGAGCAGGAGGAGCAGAAGAUACGACAGGAGUCCCAUGAGCAGCAGCCAAAUGAAGGCGGGGCGUCGCUCCACGACGUCAAGCGCGCGCUCCGCGACAACUUCCGCGCUACUGGCGUGAUCGACGAUGUGACGGCACGACUGCGCCGCCAGUUCGUGUUGGAGCUUCGUCGAAAGGGCCUCGGCGUCCCGGGAGCGCAGGAGGCCGCCGUCGCAGCAGGCACCUGCCGCCGCCGCCGCUCACCGAGCGGCAUCUCUCUGCAGGAGAGGGUGCUCCAUAGCCUUGUGGUGGACCACCUCGCCAGCAACGGCCUGUUGCAAUCUCUGGCAGUCUUCUUGCCGGAGUCGGGCCUCGGCGGAGGCAGCAACUGCGGCAACACGGCUACCGUCGGCACUGGCCCCGGUGCCGCUCCGGCGGCUGAGGCGGCGCUCUCUCGAGAAGACGUGCUGCAAGCGUUGCCGAUACCUGCCGAUUCCAAUCUCUUCCGACGCGUGAUAAGGCGGGCGGAAGAGGGCGAGGGCAAGGCCGCGGGCUCGGUGUGCCGCAGCGAUGGGGAAACAGCGGCGGUGCCGGGUGCGGCGGCUGGUGCUGAUACGGCCGUGGUGUCGAACGCGUCGGUGGCGGUGGCGGCUGCAGGAAGCGGGGGUCAUGCUGGAGCAGCAGCCAGCGGCGGCGGCGGGGGGGGUUCGCGUGAGCAGAAGCGUGUCUGCGGCCUGCUCGAGGCACUUGUCGGCGAGGUGGCCACCAGGUCUCGUGCUGUCGCGGUUGACUCCAACACACAGACGGACGAGGCGGGGCGCAGCCACAAGGAGAACUUGGUCACUCGUUUGGAAGCGGUGCGAGAGACGUGGCUGAGACGCUCCGCGGACGAAAGGCGCGAGCCUGCGCAAGAUGUGACGGAGCGCAUGCUGGCCUACCAACGGGAGUGCGAGUCGCGGGCAGCAGCGCAGGCAAGCUGCUGGGUUGCUCCGCGUCUGCUGAUCAAGGCGGAACGCGACUCCUUCCGCGAGCGCGACCUUGCCGCCCUACGGGUGCAGAUGGCCUCCACGCGGCGGAGAGAGGUGGACGCAAUGCGGAAAGAGCUCCAGUCCCAGUACGACGCCCGCGUCGAGAGGCUGCAGGAGACGGAGAGGGACCGGGAGAGGCGGCACAACGACCGCAUGCGGGAAGCCGAGGUGUCCCAGUUCGAGGCCAGGCAGAACCUUCUCCGCGAGAUGGACCUCCUCAGGACACGGGAACAGGAAGUCCGUCGAUCGGCUGAGCUAGAUUCGCGCGGCGUGAGAGCGGAAGAGCUCCGGCUGCGGGACCUCGCGGUGUCGCUGGAAGCGAGGGCGGAGGAGGUGCGGAGGCGGGAACGCGAGGGAGCGAGGGGGCGAGAGGAUGCCCUGCAGGCGGCGAGGCACGAGGCCAGGCAAUCUCUGGAAGUCAAGGAGGAGGGCGUUGCACGAGAGAGGUGUGGCGUUGUCGGGCGGGGGUGGGAGAAAAGAGGCGAGGGGGGGGGAGGGGGGGGGACUGGGUUUCCAGGAGGCAUAGCUGUUCUUGAUCACCAACGGAGUGAGGAGUUCCUCAAGAAGGAGAUGGAGGCCGUCCGUGCCGAGAGGAAGGCGUGCCAGGAGCAGCUGUCACAACACGCGGAGACUUCGCGGGCGCUACAGAAAGCGAGGAGCGACGCUCUGGCGCAGGAGGCGAGGGCCACCGCGGCGGAGGCCGAAGCGGAGAGGGCGGCCGAGCAAGCGGCGGUGUACAAGGAGGCCUACCAGAUGCGCAGAGAGGUGACAGUGGAGGGCGACCGGGCGUUCGUGCGUCUCGGGCGGCAAGAGCUAGAGGGGAGAGUUCGAUCGCUAGAGGCGUCCAUGGAAGAGGAGAGGGCUCGCCAAGCGAAGAGUCUUCGGAAAGCGACCGAGGAGAGGGACGCCCUCAAGGCCGAGGCGACCCGGCUGAGGGAGAGGGAGCGGCAGUGGGAGGCUGAAGCCACGGAGCUCAGGCAAGCUCUCUCGAGCGCCGAGCUAGACCGAGAUCGUGCCGAGCACCGCGCGGAGGAGGAAGAGUGCGAGCGAUCUGCCCUGGACGGGCAGGUGGAGGAGCUCAGGGCCGCCCUCCGGCGCUCUCGCGACGCGAUAGAGGCCAUCCGGCUCUGCGACGUCGAAGCGGAGGCGUCGUCGGCUUCGGCGGCCGCUGCCGCCACCGCCGCCGCCGCUGCCGCUGCCGCAAGCACGGCGGCAGCAGCGGCCGAACGCGACGCCGUGCGGACCGACCCCACCGGCCAACUCCUCCACGGUUCCACGCACUUUGGUGCCGGGUGGACCGGAUCGCCGGGACAAGAGCACCACCGACGGGUACGCGGCGGCGAAGACGGCCGGAGGUGGAACGGAUCAUGGGGACAACCGGACGGUGCGAUGGCUGGAGGCGCGCCCGGUGUUGGAGAGUUUGAGCCGGCCCCGUUCUUCUUUCGGCGGAGGGGAGGCGGCGGGGAUCGCCCCUGGUCCCCGGCCGAGGAAGCCGUUCGCGAGUACCACGAAAGAGGGCGGCUGGACGGCGGCGGAGGCGAGUGGGUGACGCCGGCAAUGUCUAGCGCUCACGAAGACUGGGAGCAAUGCCCCGGCCGUCGGCGAGGCGGGGGCAGUAGAGGCCGUGGCGGUCGGAGGGGACAGGCGGAGUCGGAACCCGAGUGCUGGAGCGACGGAGACGUGGAGAUCGGCAGCAGCGACUACCCGAGCGGUAGCGGCCGGCGGUCACGGACUGGGAGGAGGCCCUGGUCCCGGAACGACAGGCACGGUGGCCGCGGCGGCGACGACAGAGGCCGCGCGGACUUGUCUGUCCGGUCUACACCCGGACGGCGUUGGGCGAGCUUCGACGACCGCCGAGAUCCCUCUCGCCGCGGCUGGAGCGGGAGGUGGGAGAGCGAGGAGUACGGGUCAUCCAGCGGAAACGAGGAGUACCGCCCCUACAGAGGUGACCGGCGAGGGGGCCGCCGCCGUCCGUGGAACGACAGCUAUAGACGGCGUCGCCCCAGCGAAGAGCGAUCAGGGUCAAGUGCUGCGCCUGCCGCCACCGCUGGUGCUAGCGAAACUGCUGCUAGGGAGCGCGUCCAAGCUGCAGAGCUCCUCCUCGUGGAAGAGCGAGAGAGGAUGGCGCGUGGUUUGGAAGCAGAGCGUGCCAAGUUUGGAGAACGAGAGGCCCAGCGGGAAGAGGAGAGGCAGCGGGAGCGUGAGGCGGACCGAGCUCGGCGGGAAGAACUGGAGAUGGAGUCGAUGCGCCGGCGGCUGGAGGAGGAGGAGGACAAGGCAGCCGCCGCGUCGAGGGCGGCCCGCCGGAGGGGGUCCAGGGCCGAUCCAGAAUGGCGACGGGUCCAAGACAACGAGGAGGAGGAGGAGCAACGGCAAACCAGGCAGAGGGACCAGGAACGCAACGGCGUGCAGACCGCACAAGGAGUAGCAGCAAAGGCCGCGGGUGCACAAUCGGGCCAGGAUGUGUCUUUGGGGGGAGGGCAGGGACGCAGGGUUGAUGGGGCCAGGGGCGACGAUGCUGACGGGGUCAGGGGGGGUGAUUUGGGGGGGCAAGAACAGGUGUCGAUGGAGGCAGACGCGGCUGCAGAGGUGGCGGCGGUAGCUGCGGCAACUCCGCCUGAGGCUUCGAGCUUGGCGCCCCCGCUGCCUCAGAGGGCUACCCGGAGCUCCUGUUCGACCGGAGUGUCGGUAGAAGAUAUUCAAGCCGAGAAGCCGGGAGCGACGCAGACAAGGCCAGACCUCACCGCCGCGAGCGCGUUGGGGGCGAAAAGCGGAGACGCGGUUGCCGGCUCGGUGGACGCACAGCAAGUGGAUAUCACUCAGGCCGGCGACGAACGAGACGACCCAAGAGUGGGAGGAGAUGGGCCUGUGGAGCCGCAGGCAAUCGACGAGGCCGACAUCGCCAAGGCCCAGGCGCACCGGGAAGUGCAAGAAUACAGAGAAAAAAUCAGGCAGAGGCGCCAGCAGCAGCAGCAGCAGCAGCAUGACCAGAAACCACGCUCCGAAUCAACUCGGGUGGGAGUCGGUACCACCGCCGGCGAUAUCCCCGCAGUGCGGGCGACGGGGGGUGACGCGGGAAAAGAAGAUUCGCCGCGGGCGUCUCAACGCUGGCAAAGGUCGCAGAGCAGCGGCCACCACGACGGCGGUGACCUUGGCGGCAGCGUGAGCGACCUGUCAGAGCCUUCAACGAGGUCGAGGGGUAACUUAGAGGUCGGGGGGGGGCAGAGCAGCAGCGAUCGGGAAGACAACGAGCAGGACCCCCCGAGCGCUGCGGAGUCGGUUGGGAACGCGGCCACCAGUGGCGUGAGGCAUUUUGCGACUUACAUUUCUUGGAUUUGCUUUUCGCCUUUGUCUCAAGCAGAGGUAGGUGUGACCUGCUACAGAUUGUUGCUAAGGCAGAGAUCAUACUAUCGGGCAGAAUUUUUUGCGCGAGGGUGCGUGUGA